AUGGGGAAGAAAGACCAGUUCAUGGAGGAGGCGUUUGAGCAGGCAAGGGAGGCACUGGCUGUUGGGGAGGUGCCAGUUGGAUGCGUCUUUGUGUACAGAGACGAGGUAAUUGCCCGUGGCCGUAACACCGUCAAUGAGACCCACAAUGCAACACGACAUGCUGAGAUGAACUGUGUGGAUGGGACUCUGGUGUGGUGCAAGGAGAGAGGGCUGGACCACUGUGCUGUGUUCUGCGAGGUGAGUGUGUACGUGACAGUGGAGCCUUGUGGGAUGUGUGCUGAUGCAUUAGGGCAGCUGGGCGUGUCAGGUUUGGUGUUCGGGUGCUCCAAUGACAGAUUUGGUGGGUGUGGGUCAGUGGUGGAUGUGCCACAGUUGUAUGGUCACCAGUAUGCCAUAGAGAAGGGUGUGCGUGCUCAUGAUGCUGUACACCUGUUGAAAGAGUUUUAUAAAGGUGAGAAUCCUAAUGCACCAACAGACAAAGCUAAGAGGAAAACAUAAAGGGGGUUGUAUUUGUGGUGAUAUGACUGGAAGUUUACAAAGGCAAGGAUUCUAAUGUGCUAACAGAAAAAGCUAAGAGGAAAACAUGCAAGUGGUUGUAUUUGUGGUGGUGGUUGGGAGUUUACAAAGAUAAGGAUUCUAAUGCCGACAGACAAGGCUAAGAGGAAAUCAUAAGGUGUGGUUGAAUUUGUAAAAGUUAUUAUUAUGGGGUGCUUUUCUUAGUUGGAGUUUAAUAAAGCUGAGAAUUCUGAUGCACCAACUCACAAAACUAUGAGGAAAACAUAACAGUGGUUGUAUUUGUAAAAAUUAUUGAUUUAGCAAGAGAAAACAUCAGGCAUCAUUGCAUAUGUGGGAUAAAAGUAACUGAUAUGUGGCACUGUAAUUGGAGUUUUAACUGAGAAUUAAGAUACACCAACACACAACAGGAUAGCAUAAGACAUCAUUGUACUUGUGGUGUAAAAGUUACUGAUUCAUGAUGCUGUGGUGGUGAGGUACAAAGGCCCUGAAGUUAUCUUGGGAUCCGACAAUCACUUGGUUGUGAUAUCUAAUUUUACCCUGCCCUUUAAAUUUGUAAGAGUCACUAAGGUUUCAAGGAGGCAUGACUGCAUUGUGGCCUGGACUGUGAGCAAGGAGGCCAAACCAGCUUAAGGUGAUGCCAGAAGAUAUUAUUGGGUGUCUAGCAACAGGUGUGGGAGUGAUGGCCCAAUAAUAAACAAAACUGGGUGUCAGAAGGGGUUUGGGCAUGUGUGAGAGUGGUGGCCCUUGUACCUUUCAUAUAACUGUCUGGGAGCAGGUGUGGGAGUGUUGGCCUACUCACCUGUACUAUCUGGCCAUCUCUUAUUUUGUUGCUUCUUAGGAAUUUAAUCUAAUUUGUCAUUAAACUUAUGAAAAGUAUGCUAAAUUGAACCAUGUGUCCUGUUUCUCUCAGAUUUUAGCCAUUAGAGUUAAACACAGUAGGGUACACGACAGCGAACUUAAUUUGUUCCAAUGUAGCGUUCGUUAUGGUGAAGGUGCCUUAUGGCAACUGAAGAACCUAUGGGAAAAAAAUAAUUGGUUCCAGAAAACCAGAAAGUACUAUAAAAAAGCAUAAUUUUUAAAAACUUACAUGAAAAUGAGCACAUUUGCACUACUAAAUGAUAUGUACAGUACUGGCCUGAGUUUCACACCUACUCCUAAAUUCUUACCAUCCUGAGUUUCGUGCAUUACCACCCAGAAUUUCACGCUGCUUUGACAAGUAGAGGUCACAUUUACCUACUGUGUUGGCGUCACACAUAUACUCGUAAGUAGGUACAUACUGUAAAUCCUGCCCAAGUCACACUCUCUCUCUCUCUCUCUCUCUCAUUUUGUCAUUUUCACUUCAUGGUUUCUCACUUGUAUAUGUAAUUCCAUUUUCAUUCUAAAUUUUUUCUCAUUCUAUUUAGUAAUCCUUAGAAUUGUUCUUACAUUCACAAAGAGAGAGAGAGAGAGAGAGAGAGAGAGAGAGAGAGAGAGAGAGAGAGAGAGAGAGAUUCUCUCCCUUGUCUCUUAUCUCUGACAGAUAAGGGGGAGGGGAGGUGACAUGGAGGGAGGUUUGAGACAAGAUGAAAGAAGGGAGAGGAAAGGAAAAAGGGAGGAAAUGACAGGCGCCGGAUGGGUGAGCAACGACUUGCAUAGUUGGUGAGUUAGUUUUGCAAGAUUUAUUUUGUUAUUCCAAUUAAAUUUUAUUAAAAUUUCGGUGCCAGCACAAAUGGCAAGUUCGUCUUGCUAGUUUUGGUUCCUUACUCCAAUUAAAUUUUUAUUAAAAUUCCAGUGCUUGCACUAAUGGCGUGUUCAUUAUGCCAGUUUUGGUUCGUUAUUCCAAUUAAAUAUUUAUUAAAAUUUUGGUACCUUAUUACAGUUAUUUGUUAUAAUGACUGCACUGUUGUAUAUCCCUCUGGGCUGAUAAUUUGUACCUUCUCUCUUUUUUAUAAUUAUUUUCUUGGUGUUAAUUUGAAAUGUAAUGAUGUGAGGCAUAAAAUUAUGUCUGUGAGGGAAUAUUGAAGUGAAAUAAAACAUUGACAGAAGCA